AUGCUCUUCGGCAAGACUUUCCUCCUUGGCGCCCUUCUUGGCCUCUCCCAGGCCAAUCCCACGCCCGACGACUCUAAUCUCGAAGCCCGACAGCCCAUAAUCCCAACCUGCCGCAUGGCCUGCCUCGACGGCAGCAUCUGCUACAGAGGGAAAUGCACACCCAAGGCCAAUGUGCCCGGCUACCAAGAUUCAGUGAAUGAGCUCAAGGUCCGCGUUCCCACAUGCCGCAAGGCCUGUCCGGCCGGCCAAAUAUGCUACAGCGGAGGCUGCACGCUGCUGGCGAACGUUCCCGGCUACGCAGCGGAGCAACAAAACGAGAUUAAAUAG